AUAUAAUAUAUAAAAGCAAUAAUAGCACCUUGAAAUAUAUAUAGUGAUAUGAAUAUAGUAGAAACUAAAAAUUAUAAAUUUAAUUAUAAAAUUAACUUUAUAUAUUAAUAAUAAAUUUUGAAAAUAGAAAUUAUAUAAUAAAGAAAAAAAAAAGUUUGUAUAUGCAUUAAACAUACUUUUCGCUGCAGUGUUUUUAUUUUUGUUAUAAUGACCAUAUUUUUAAAUAUUUUAAGUGAAAAUUCAUAUUUGAAUUAAAAAAAAAAUAAAAAUUAUAAAACUAUUGAAAAUUUAAUAAAAAAUUUUUUAAUAUUCCGUGUAUAAAAACAAAACUACAUAAAAAAAAAAUAGUUGUUUCUCUUUUGACUCCUUCGAAUUCUUGUAAAAAUCUUUUGACAAUUUUCAUAAGCAAAAUUAAAAAAGAAUAUUUAAAAAAAAAAAUCAAUUUCGAAUGGCUUUAUCUUUGUGCCAGUAUCCAAAUUUUUCUGAUUUACAAGCAUUUUUUGAACCAACUUAUCACCAUCAUAACACUUCAUCAAGACCAAAUUCAAAUAUAGAUUUUUUCAUUUCAAACAAUAAUAAUAAUAACAACACCAACAACAACAGCAAUAAUAAUAACAAUUUUAUCAAUUAUAAUAUCGAAAACAACAAUCAAAUGGAAUAUAAUAAUAAUACAAUAGUUUUACAACCAAAUUCAACUAUUGCUCGAAAUUUUGAAAAUGAAGUUUGUCAAAAUCGUAAUACUCACAAUAUUAAUAAUAAUAACAAUUCAAAUGUGAAUAAUUUUAACGAUUAUGAGCACGUAAUACAUUUUGUUGACUCACCACCAAAUUCAAAGGAAUCUUGGCCGGGUGAAUAUAAUAAAGAACAACAUCGUCCAACAAUAUUAGACGUUCAUACAAUAUAUUCGAAUAACAUAAAUCGGAAGAGACGAAUGGAUUGGGAGGCGAUUGACAUUAAUUCAGAGUCAACUGAAAACAAAUCAUCAUCAUCAGUGAUUAGUAACUCAAAAGGACCCCCAAUCGAAAAUAAGAAUCAUGAGAAAAAGAAAUCUGCAGGCAGAGGUAGUUGGACAGAUGAUAUCGAUUUUGAUUUGAAUGGCGAUUUUAGCAAUAAUAGCUAUCUAAAUAACGCUGAACCAUUUCUUUUUUCACCGGGAUUGUCAGCCUUAAAACAAGAAAUACCAUCACCAAAUGCUGUUGAACAACAUAAUCAGCAAAGAGGUGGUGAUAAGACCCCACCGAUAACAAUAAAUCAUCAAGUUCAUAAUCAAAUCGUACAAAAUUCACCCACACAAGAUACGGAAAAUAAAAAACAAGAUAAUAACAAUAUAACACAAAGUAGAUCACCAUCAAAUAAUGCACGUCAAAAUGUGGAUCACCAAGUACAACAACAACAACAACAGCAAAGAAUACCAAAUUCACCACAAAAUGGUUUAUCUAAUAAUUUUCAUAGUAUUCUUCAACAGGACAAUAAUUUAGAAAUUACUAAUGCAAGACAUAGUCCCAAUCAGAUUGAUCCAUUAAAACCUGAUAAUGUCAAUGAUGAUUACAAAUUCCAAUAUAUUUUGGCAGCUGCAACGUCAAUUGCCACAAAAAGUAAUGAAGAAACUUUAACAUAUCUAAAUCAAGGACAGAGCUAUGAAAUAAAAUUGAAAAAAAUUGGUGAUUUAAGUUUCUACCGAGACAAGUUAUUGAAGAGUGUUAUUAAAAUAUGCUUUCAUGAGCGUCGCUUACAAUAUAUGGAACGUGAACAAAUGCAAUUAUGGCAAGCAUCUAGACCAGGCGAACGUAUUAUUGAAGUUGAUGUACCUUUAUCAUAUGGCAUAAUACAUGUAACACAAUCAGUAAAUUCAAAUUUAUUAAAUACUGUUGAAGUUUUAUGGGAUCCAAUGAAAGAAAUCGGUGUUUACAUAAAAGUUAAUUGCAUAUCAACUGAAUUUACCCCAAAAAAACACGGCGGCGAAAAGGGUGUACCAUUUCGUAUACAAAUUGAAACAUAUUUAGAGAAUGCAAAUGCAACUUCUUUAACAAAUCCUAAUAAUAAUAAUAAUACUAAUAAUAACAAUAAUAAUAAUAAUAGUAACACAAAUAAUAAUAAUAAUAAUAAUAGUAAUAAUAGCAAUAAUAAUAAUAGUAGCAAUAAUAUUACCAAUAACAAUAAUAGUAACAACAAUAAUAGUAACAAUAAUAUCAGCAAUAGUAAUAAUAAUAAUAAUAAUAAUAAUUCCAAUAAUAAUAAUGCUGGCAAUAAUAAUAAUCAAAAUACAAAUAAUAAUAAUAUAAGUACCGCAAAUACAAUUGGUGAUAAUUUAAGUAAACCAAUUCAUGCAGCUGCUUGCCAAAUCAAGGUGUUUAAAUUAAAAGGUGCUGACCGAAAACAUAAACAAGAUAGAGAAAAAAUACAAAGAAGACCACCAUCUGAACAAGAAAAAUAUCAGCCAAGUUAUGAAUGUACUAUUUUAAAUGACAUUUCAUUAGAUGCACUUAAUCAAUCUAGCGCUGGUUGCUAUAGUCCUGAAUAUAUGAAAAUUUGGCCAAACUCACCAGUUCAUAUGCCAAAAUAUGAAGGAAUAUUACCAUUUCCAGCUGGUACUGGAGCUUCUAGUCCAAUAGCAAUCAAUAAUGUUACUUCAACAAAUCCAACAAAUAAUUUAAAAUUAAUGGAACAAAAUAUUAUGGUUUCACCACAGCAUGUUGACAUGGAUGAAUUUAUUACAACUAUUUCUAAAGAUUCAUCACCUAUUCAAGUAUCGCAAUGGUUAACAUAUCAUAGAUUAAAUGCUUAUUUAAAUACAUUCGCUCAAUUCUCAGGAUCAGAUAUAUUGAGAAUGUCUAAAGAAGAUCUUAUUCAAGUUUGUGGUUUAGCUGAUGGUAUAAGAAUGUUUAAUACAUUACAUUCCAAGCGUAUAACACCACGUUUAACAAUUUAUGUAAGUUUAGAUGGCAGUAAUUAUAAUGCCAUUUAUUUAAUCUCGAAUACUGUGAAAGAAUUAACUCAAAAAUUGUUCAAAUUACCUGGAUUUUUCGAGAUGAUUUCCAAUAAUUCCAGUUCAGUUGAAAGUAGUAAUGGUUAUCCUGGAUGGGGAAUGAUAUCUAAAUACUCAGGAAGUGGAUCAAAUAUAUAUAAUGAUACUUCGAAAUUAUUCAUUUUUACGACAGGACCAUCCGGGAUUCAUGUAAUGAUAACUGAUGAAGUUCUAAAUAAUGCCAUUAAAGAUGAAAGCUUAUUCACUUUAGAAGCACAAAAUGGAAAAAUUUUAAUGAAAAAUAUUAUAAAAUCAGAUAAUACAAUUUAAAGUACACAUAAUACAUUUAAUAUAAAAAUAAAAAGAACAAAAAAUUAUUAAAGUCAAUAAAAUUAUGUAGAAAUAAUUUUUUUUUAUAUUCACGUUUUUAAAAUUUAAGACUCGUUUAUACAAAAUAUUUUAAAUUUACAAAUUUUUAGCAUUUUUAAUUUAUUUUUAUUUUUUUAUUAUAUUUUUGGUUGAUGGUUAGUUAAUUUUACUGCCCUGGAAUAAGAUUAAGAUAUUUGGUAACUUAAAAAAAUCCAUUUUUGUUUUUCUAAAGAAAAAGAAAUAAAUAUAAAGUAAAAUUGUAUAAAAUAAAAUUUAAAUGUUUAAUUUAAAAGCAAGUCAUAUUGAGGUUAAACAAUUUUAUCUAAUGAAUUUAUAUCUAGCAUUUGAUGCUCGUAAAAGUUGAAACGCAUAUAAAAAAGUUAAACACAUUUAGUAGAUCUUUUAUUAUGUUUAAAAAUAAGAAUAAAUUAAAUUUUUUUUAGAUUUAUUCUCUUGCUUUUAAAUUACACUAUAUGCAUAUGUAAAUUUUUAUCAUACUAAAUAAGAGUGGUUACAAUAUUUGUAUAGAUACUUCUUAUUUCGGGUCAGAUACAUUACAUAAAAAUUUAUAUUAUGAAAUAAAAACAAAAUAUAUUAAGAAUAUUAAAAUUUUUUUAAAAAUUAAGAAUCAGUUAUCAUUCAAGAAAGGAUUGAGCUUAAAUAAAUAUUAUAUUUGAAUAAGUUUUUAAUUAAAAAAAAAUGUGUAAAAUCAAAAAUUAAGAAUAAUACAUGAAUUAUGCUUCUGUAAUUAAAAAUAAUUUUCAUUUUUUAUUAAACAUAUAAGCUAUAAUUGUGAAACAUUUAAUAUGCGACACAAAAAAGUUCAAUCUUUAUAUAAAAUAAGAUGAAAUAAAUGUUCGUCGCAUCAGCCUUUAAUUAGUUUUCUAUUAUAGCCAUAAAUUUAAGUGCAUAGUUAUGAUACAGGAUUUCUAAAAUAAUAUAUAUAUAUAUAUAUAUAUAUAUAUAGUUUUCUUCAUAAAUUGUACUUACAUAAUAUGAGAAGAGGUAGGUACGUACAAAAAUAUGGCUUAUAACACAUUUUUGUAUACAAAGAUUACAUUGAGAUGUUUACAUAGAAAUGUACAUAUAUUAAGUAUAAUAUGUAAAUAUGUAUACAUGUAUACAUAAAUACAUGAUUAACAUUUAAAAAUAAUGUAAUUUAAUUUUUUCUUUUUAAUAAAAUGGUGUUAGAUUAAGUAACAAA